UGUCAAUUCCUUCUGCACAAAAAGAACUCAAAUAAGUAUGUGCAAAUUGAGAGGGACACACAACCACCCUCACGCCCGGAUAACUGCCUAUGCUGGGGGAGAUAUACCCUGAUCAUCGGCGAGACAUUCCAGUUCUUUUGUAGCCUUUGUGAACCAUUUUUGCGUGGAGACAUCUUGUUGGUUUAACAGACUUUAAACAUAACCCAGACGCAUUCACUUGCGUGUCGACAGGAAAAGGUGCUCGAUUUUCUUUCGUCACGAUGGGGACUACUCUGGCAUCACAGAGUGCCGUUCCUGACGUCGAUCUGUCUCAAAAGACUGCCAUUGUAACUGGAGCCAACACGGGAAUUGGAUAUGAUACAGCUAAAACGUUUGCCCAACUUGGAGCCAAGGUCAUUGUGGCAUGUCGAUCUGAAAGCAAAGCGAAAGAAGCGAUAGAAAGAAUGCACAAGGAGCACAAAGAGGAGAUGGCAAAUGAGAAGAAAACCAAGUUCAAAAUUAAGGCCAACGAACUUGAUAUUGAAUUCAUUGACCUCGACCUCUCGUCUUUAGAAAGUACGAUGAACUUCGUAAAGGCAUUUAAAGCCAAGAAGAUCCCUCUUCAUAUACUAGUGUGUAACGCUGGCAUGGCUUUUGGAGGAGAAGUGAAAACAGCUGACGGUUUCGAGAUCCACUUCCAGGUCAAUUACUUGUCACAUUUCCUCAUGACCCUUCAUUUACUUCCGGAAUUGAAGUCGGCGGGCCCCAACGCUAAGAUCGUGAUGGUUUCGUCAAUUGCCUAUCGCAGUGCACGUUGGAUAGAGGAUAACAUGCAGGCAAUCAAUAGGGACCAACUCAGCAAAUAUGGAUUUACUAAGCUGUAUCAGAUUAUGGAGAUGUUCACACUGGCCGACAAGUUGAAAGGAUCUGGGAUCGAUGUGUUCUCACUUCACCCUGGCGUUGUAGAUACAGAUCUAGCGAAGAAAGAUGGUCAACAGAUAUCUCGGUUGAUGAGAGUUUUAAUGAGCGUAGUAACUUAUAUGGGGCUGGCCCGAACCACUUUUGACGGAGCUUUGACAAGUAUCCACGCCGCAAUCAACCCGGAGUUUGACGGCAAGACAGCGAUUUACUUGGAAAACUCAAAGCCAGCCACUCUCCAGAAUCCACUUGCGACGGACAAGGAGAAGCAGGCAUUUCUCUGGAAAUACAGCCUGGAUUGUCUGAAGGGUUACGUCACCGAAGAUACGCUGAAAGAACUGACGUCACAAUGAAGCUGAACCUAUAGCCUCGCUGGCAUAAUCGCUGGAGAAAGGCAGUUUUUAAUGAUCAACGGGGUGGCAGGAAUAUUAAUUACCUGUAGAAAGAUUCCCAUAACUACCGAAAGUAGAUAAAUUCAUGCCUCGUUCCUGAGUAGGUAAAUUGCCAAUUCAUCUAUCGCCAACUCGUCCAUCAUCAUGUGGGCUACCUUCGUUCAGUCUGAUGCCAUUCCGUCCAUCAACAUUUCGUUUAACAAAUAUUACAGGUCCAAUAACCAUUUGGUCCAAUAAUCAAUUCAU